CGGUGGAUGGCGCGCGCAAAUCAAUCGCUUUAAAAACGAAAUUCGCUGUGAACACUGUGGCGAAGUGUUUAAGUGCGAAACAAAUAAUAAAAGAUAAAAUUAAUUUUAACAAAAAAAAAGUGUAAAAUAGCAGCAAAGCAAAGCGCCAAUUCGCGCACAGCUGACUUGUAUGCGCCGGUGCGAGCGAGUUUGAAACGAAAAGUAAAUAACAAAAGCAAAUUAGUGUCGAAUCGGGUUGAGUGCGUGUGCGCAUGCGUACCUAUGCAUUGUAGUAGACGUGGUCAAGUGCGUGAAGUGCAGCGUCCAUAUGACAGACAGUCGGCCGAACGGUCGAUUUGGCAGCCAAUUGCUUAAAUAGAUAUACAAAGCGAUAUUGAUACGAUUUUUACGCGUGCAUAGAGUCAAUGCUACACGGAACGAACGGAUCGCUUUUGAAAAUAUUCUCACACACAUCCACACAUACUCGCCUACCCACUAGGAACAAAACACAAGCACAACUGCCAAGCUUCAAACAAAUCGUGAUAUAUAAAUUAGAAAACUAUGCAAUUUAGUUUUAUAACGUCGACGACGCUUGUCUGCGGUGCAGCGCGUAGAAGAUGAUCGAAGCCUUUGCCAAUAGUUUGGGUAGUCAUUUGGGGCGACAUCUAUUCUACUGGGCAGCGUCCCAACCGGAAGUGAACGGUCUCAACCUGCGUCUCACCGAGCUAAUCAACAAAUUCCACGGUCCACUUGAACGUGGCGUUCAAGUACUGGACCACCUGCUAACACUCGAGGAGGAGGACUUCAACGGCCACUGGGGCAGCGCGUAUCGGCACAGUUAUGAGCCCGAAUAUGCGAGUGACGAUGGCAAUCAGGAAGUGCUUCAACACUCAGCCAAUAGUCGUGAAAUGCUGUUACCGGUCGCAACAACAACAACGACUACAGCUGGUGUGUUAGCAGUGCCAAGUGGAAAUAAUGUAACGAAUAACAACCGCAUCUCCACCUCAAAUCCAAAUAUGGAAACACUAAACAAUGGUAAUGGGCUAUUGCUAUCGCCGCCACACAACAAUUCUGCAAAUAAUCACCAUCAACAGCAACAACAACGAAGCGCCAUUGCAGCUGCAGGUGCCGGCGCAGCAACGGGUGGUGGCGUCGGCAGCAGCGGCGGAGGUGGCCCUACCAGCGGCAGCGGUACCGCAACUGGCGGUGGUGAGCAUAAUAUACAAAUAACCCAACCAAUCAGCGCACCAUCAUCGCCCCUAGCGUCGCCUGGUGUUAUUACCAGCUCGGCGCUUUUCUGUUUGCCAUCGAGUUCCUCAGGUGUUACGUCAGGCGGUAGUAGCAGCAGCAGUGGCGGCGGUAGUGGCAGUGGUUCGUAUGUGUGUUCAGCCGGUGCUGCAAAUCAAAUAAGUAAUGCAGCUAUGAAUGCGGUCGACACAGCUGAUCCCAACUGGCAGGCCACCAAAGCGACGGUGCUGGAGCGGAACGCGGCUAUGUUUAACAAUGAAUUGAUGUCGGAUGUCAAAUUUGUUGUGGGGGGAGAAUUCGCAGAUUGUGUACAAACAAUACCGGCACACAAGUACAUCUUGGCCACGGGUAGUUCGGUGUUUUACGCUAUGUUUUAUGGCGGUCUGGCCGAGAAUAAACAGGAAAUUAAAGUGCCUGAUGUGGAGCCAUCGGCGUUUCUAACGCUGUUAAGAUACCUAUAUUGUGAUGAGAUUCAAUUGGAACCUGAUAACAUAUUGGCCACUUUGUAUGCAGCCAAAAAGUAUAUAGUGCCACAUUUAGCGCGCGCCUGCGUCAAUUAUUUAGAAGUCAAAUUGACGGCAAAAAACGCCUGUCUACUUCUCAGUCAAUCGCGUCUUUUCGAAGAGCCCGAGCUGAUGCAGCGUUGCUGGGAAGUAAUCGAUGCACAAGCCGAAAUGGCGAUUAAAUCUGAAGACUUUGUCGACAUCGACCUCAAGACAUUCGAGUCGAUAUUGUCGCGUGAGACGCUCAACUGCAAGGAGAUACAUCUCUUUGAGGCAGCGCUCAAUUGGGCUCUGAAUGCUUGCCAGAAGAUGGGCGUUGACGUGACGGCACCGAAUAAGCGCAGCAUGUUGGGUCAAGCAUUGCAUUUAAUACGCAUACCGACCAUGACGCUGGAAGAGUUCGCGAACGGCGUCGCACAGACGGGCAUACUCACAUCACAAGAGACUAUUGAUAUAUUUUUGCAUUUUACCGCACAAUCAAAACCGCAUUUAAGUUUUCCUACACGUGCGCGUGCAGGACUCAAGACACAAGUAUGCCAUCGCUUUCAGUCGUGCGCUUAUCGCUCCAAUCAAUGGCGUUAUCGCGGCCGUUGCGAUUCCAUACAAUUCUCUGUGGAUCGCAGAAUCUUCAUUGUCGGCUUCGGCCUUUACGGUUCCUCGACCGGUGCUGCUAAUUAUAAUGUAAAAAUUGAAUUGAAACGUCUGGGACGCACGCUCGCAGAAAACGAUACCAAAUUCUUUUCGGAUGGCUCAAGCAACACAUUCCACGUAUUUUUCGAGAAUCCCAUACAAAUUGAACCCGAGUGCUAUUACACCGCAUCCGUCAUACUUGACGGCAACGAACUGAGCUUCUUCGGCCAGGAGGGCAUGUCCGAAGUGUGCAUGGGCAAUGUAACUUUCCAGUUCCAAUGCUCUUCGGAGAGCACAAACGGCACCGGUGUGCAGGGCGGUCAAAUACCAGAACUGAUAUUUUACGGGCCAACAACUGUAACGGCAUUAAGCUCACCAACUAACUCACUGUGUCCCACACCAAUUGGUGCGGGCAGUAGCGGUGGCGGCGGCACCGGUGGUGGCGUUUCGAAUAGCGGUGGCUUACAUGUAAAUUGUGAUGACUUAUUGGGUAGCGGUAGCAGUGACGGUGGCGGUAGUGGUGCAUUGAGCGCAUGAGAAAUGUUCGAAAUUUGCAAGAGCGAUGAUGCGGAACUCUUUUGAGCAGUGCGUGCGUAACAAAUAAUGGCAAUCUAUGGUUUUUCAAUGUGAAAUUUACAAAGAAACUAUAAUGAUUAAAUAGUUUAUACAUAAAUACAUACAUAUAAAUAUAUAUGUAGUAGUGGCAAGUGAGCGAACCGACAACCAAAUACAAUUAAAUACAGGCAAUAUUUACAAAUACAUACAUACAAUGAAAGGAAUGCAAGCAAUGCCAAAAUGUAGGUCAUUGCAGGCAAAUUGUUUUCCGCAGAAACUAAAGUUAAAGUUGGACAUGUAUAGUAAUGCAAUUGAAAGUCAUAAAACGUAUGUAUGUGUAGGGAACGCACUUCCUUCGUUUGUAGGAGAUAAGGUUAGGGGGAAAAGGCAAUCAAAUUUGAUUAAACAAAUUCUAAAGGCACAAAAAA